CCUCCCGCAGCUGCUGCUGCCGCCGCUGUCCUUGUUGGCGCGCGGAUGGAGCUGAGCUGCGGCGUCGGGGGAAGAAGUAGUAGCAGCAGCCAUACGGCUGCUGCAGCUGCAGCCACGCCGCCGAGCGGCCCCGCAUCGCCAGCCGCUCCCGGGCUCCUGAUGGACGGCGAGAGUCCCGGCAACAGCGAGGAGGAUUACGAGAGCUUGCCCACCAGCGCCUCCCUGGGCACCCACAUGACGGCCGGGGCGGUGGCCGGCAUCCUGGAGCACUCGGUCAUGUACCCCGUGGACUCCGUCAAGACCCGGAUGCAGAGUCUGCAGCCCGAUCCCAAAGCCCAGUACAGGGGCGUGUUUCAGGCCUUGACGACGAUUGUCCGCACCGAAGGCUUUUGGCGGCCUUUACGAGGGAUCAAUGUGACUGUGAUUGGUGCCGGCCCAGCCCACGCGCUGUACUUUGCCUGCUACGAAAAAAUGAAACGCACUUUAAGUGACAUUAUCCACCCCGGAGGGAACAGCCACCUGGCCAACGGAAUGGCUGGGAGCCUGGCUACGCUACUUCAUGAUGGUGUCAUGAAUCCCGCUGAAGUGGUGAAACAGCGCAUGCAGAUGUACAACUCUCCAUACAAGACUGUUCUGGAGUGCAUCCGGACGGUGCGGCAGACUGAAGGCUUGGGAGCCUUCUACCGGAGCUAUACCACCCAACUCACCAUGAACAUCCCUUUUCAGGCCAUUCACUUCAUCACCUACGAAAUCAUGCAGGAACAGAUCAACCCGUGCCGGCAAUACAACCCUCGCACGCACAUCAUCUCGGGCGCUGUGGCUGGGGCUGUGGCGGCGGCCGCCACGACUCCUCUGGACGUCUGCAAGACCCUCCUCAACACUCAGGAGAACAUGGUCCUGAGUUCUGUGAACAUCAGCGGGCACCUCUCGGGAAUGGCCAACGCCUUUAGGACGGUGUACCAACUCGGGGGCGUGGCCGGGUAUUUCAAGGGGGUCCAGGCGCGCGUGUUAUACCAGAUGCCUUCGACUGCCAUCGCCUGGUCUGUGUAUGAAUUCUUCAAGUACGUACUUACAAAACGGGAGUUGGAGAAAGGAUCUCCAUGCUGACGGAUCCGGCAGUGCUGCAGUGUCUGACAAACGCCAAGACGCCUGUGUCUCUGUCUCUCCCCAUCUCUCUCUCUCUCUCUCUCUAAAUUUUCUG